AUGGCGCCUCAGGUUAACCCCCUAACAAGUGCUGCCUUCAGCCUGCCUUCAAUAGGAUCUAGCAACUGGAACAUGGACCCUGCGACAACACAGACUCUCCCUGGCCUUCGUCCUCCUCACACUCUCCUAAUGUUAAACCAGACAGACAAUGCCAGUGCCUCAACACUAAAAGGCUACACAAGCCCAUUGACAAAUGACAGUAGUAGUAACGCUAUCAGCAGAUCCGGUGGCACAGAGAAGCGCUUCCCGUGUUCAUUCUGUGGGAAAGCCUUCAGUUUCCCCAAACAGGUGGAGAUCCACCAGAGAAUGCACACGGGGGAGAAACAAUUCAGCUGCCACCUUUGCCAGGCUAGUUUCUCCCACUCCUCCGACCUGAAUAGGCACCAGAGGGUCCACACAGGGGUGAAAUCCUUCAGCUGUACCCAGUGUCACAUGCGRUUCACCCAGGCUGGUCAKRWGAAGAGGCACCAGAGGGUCCACACAGGGGAGAAAUCCUACAGCUGCCCCCAGUGUGAAAAGAAGUUCUCCCGCCUGAACCAGCUGAAGAUGCACCUGAAGGUCCACACGGGAUAGAGGCCUCCUACGCACUGCAGGAAGAGGUUCUCAGAGAAGAGCUACCUCAGGCUACACCAGCUGAAAAACCAUUCCACUCUAUAACAAAGAAAGUAACCACUCCACUCGAUAGCUUCUGACUUUUCGAUCAAACUCUGCAUUAAAGACAACAAUUCAUUUUAAUUGUAGUCAGCAGGAAAGCUCCAC